AUGGUUCAAGAGGGCAUCGUCCUAGGCCACAAGAUCUCAGCAAGAGGGAUUGAGGUCGAUCGGGCAAAGAUAGACGUCAUCGAGAAGCUGCCACCACCACUGAAUGUUAAAGGGGUUAGAAGUUUCUUAGGGCAUGCAGGUUUCUACAAGAGGUUUAUCAAGGACUUCUCAAAGAUUGCCAGGCCCCUAAGUAACCUGUUGAAUAAAGACAUGGUUUUCAAGUUUGAUGAAGAAUGUUCAACAGCAUUCCAAUCAUUGAAGAAUAAGCUUACCACUGCACCUGUAAUGAUUGCACCCGACUGGAAUAAAGAUUUUGAACUAAUGUGUGAUGCCAAUGAUUAUGCAGUAGGAGCAGUUCUGGGAUAG